CACUCAAGAAUGGAUUGUAUUAUUUGUUUUCCUUUUGAAGUUGUGACAUUUGAAUUGACUGGAUUGUUUUAUUUGUUUUCUGUUUGAAGUUGUGACACUUGAAUUGACUGGAUAAAAUGGUGGAAUUAUCCACUCCAACAAAACAAUCAAAGAUUGAUUGUUUUAUUUGUUUUUCGAAAGAAGUUGUGACAUUUAAAUUAGCAGGACGAAAACUGUUGGCAGAGGAUUUUAAUUCUAAACUAAAUGAAAUCCUAGGUGCAAAGGUAGUGGGUGCUUUGUGUGCUAUGGAUGCAGCAGUUUGCCGAAAUUGUUACGGUAAGGUGUUGAAGUUAAACGAUUUUCUUCACAAGACUAGAUCCUCGGCUUCAUCUUACAUAGCAACGGGUGCUUCAACAACUAAAAAGGGUAUGUUGUCACCAAUAACCCCAAAAUCACUUGCCGUCACCGACUCAGUGUCCACGGUGCGUGGAACUUCACGAAAACAACUCAAAUUGUUUCAACUGUCAAAAGAUAUAGAUUUCUGUGUGUCUGUGCCUGAAGAAGUGCCUUUCUUUGACCAGGAUCACGAUCACUCGUAUGUGACAAUGCAGGAAGCUGGUCAUGAUGAUGUGAAGGAGAAACAGACACUACAGUGUUUGACAGAUAUUUUUACUGAACGAGAAAAUGUAAAAGAAGGUGAUAUUCUAAGAACAUUGAGGUCUCAGUCAUUCCAAUUGACAACAAAGUCUGUUCCUUUUGGAUCUGUUCUUUACUUCAAGGGUCCAAACCAAGUGGUGGAAAAAGAAGAUUUGAUAUUUGACAUUAUAUCUGAAUUGAAAACGAGAUUGCCUUUUCUGCUACAAGUAUUCAUGACUAUUGCUGUUCCAAAUUCCCAGAAAAUCAAGCCUUCAAUUAUUCCUGUAUUAGCAUCAUGCUAUGCUAUCUUGAUGAAAAAUAGAAGUCAGUAUCUUACCGUAUAUCACAAAAUGACUUCAGCAAUAGCUGCCGAAGCUGGACUUGAUGAUGACAGGGUACAGUGUUUCUACAUUUUAUGUACAUAAUGUCUCUUGACAUUAAAGUUUGUUUUUUGUUUAAAGGAUCUUGGCUAUAACCAUUUGAUUAAAUUUUCAUAAUUGGUAGAUUGAGACCAAGUUGAAUGCCCUUAACUGAAUUACAUCCAUCACUCUGUUAGCAUUUUGACUAUUGAAAUCUUUAAAUUGCAUCUGUAUAUUUUGAUUGUAAAAAUGGAAGAUAUUGACAAAAUUUGUCAGACAGCUACCCCAUUCUCCCUUCAGAAUCAAAUGGUCGUACCUUUGAAUUUGUUUAGCACUAUUAGAUCUAGUUAGUUCAGGGUUUCAAUUUGAAUAUAUAUAAUAUUUAGUAUAGGUACUAUCUGUAAUCCAUGGAUA